UCAAAGAGCGUGGGUGGGCCCGUCAAACCCCACGUGCUACUUGCGUAUCCUCAGUGCUUCAAUCAAGCUCAGAGGCGUAGGCCGAAAGACGAGUGUGCGAUCACGCUGCGGAGCUCUGUGACACCAACACACACCAUGCUGCAGGAGCCCAGCAAAGGAGCCUCUUCGGGGGGCUUUUAACUCGCUACAGGCGGAAAGGGAGAAAUGCGGUCGCCGCGUUUAAAGGAACCUCUCUGUUCUGUUUGCCUUCGCUGUCAGCAACAGUCGUACUGCAGCUCCGCUCGCGGCUCCCAUCAGGUCAUCUAACGGCGCCGCACCGAGGAAAUCCCUGGGACUAUGUGAGCAUCAUGCUCGCUGUGAGAUGCCUGCUGUUCGCUGCAGUGUGUGCACGGUGCGCCGUGACCGGUCUGAGGGAACUGGUGAGUGUGGAGGAAAGACUGCCGCCUGCAGAAGAACUCGUUCAGCCCAAGCGGCUCCUGCACCAGAUCCACUCCCAGGAGGAGCUGCUCCACAGCCGCCUGGACACCCGGGUCAAAAACUACACAGCCGGAGCACAACCCCUCCAUCUGGCCCAGAGCAGCUUCUUGGUGGAGGCCUUUGGCACAUCCUUCAUCCUUGACCUGGAACUAAACCACAAUCUCCUGUCUACAGACUAUUUGGAACGUCACUAUGAUGAGGAUGGGCAGCUGUCACAGAAUAUGGGAGGAGAGCACUGCUACUACCAUGGGCAUGUGCGGGGACUGCCGGGCUCCUGGGCUGCUCUGUCCACCUGCCACGGCCUGUGGGGGGUGUUUUCUGAUGGGAACUUUUCGUACGGGAUUGAACCUGUUGCCAGUGGAGAGGAGCAGAAUGACCACAUUGUGUAUCGUAUGCCGGACAUUGACCUCUUCCCACCUCCCUGUCCAGGGUGCUCUGUGAACAGCACAAAGCACGGCCACGUUGAGGCAGACAAUGAGCUGAAGGGUGGAGACGACUGGUCCGAAGAGGAGAAGCCUUUCUUUACAGAAGGCCUGAGACGCUCAAAAAGACAAGUGCGGCGAGGCCAGCGCACAGUCCAGACUGAGACCAAGUACAUCGAGCUGAUGGUGGUCAACGACCAUGAACUGUUUGUGCAGCUUCGACGGUCGUCCACUCAGACGAAGAACUUUGCCAAAGCAGUGGUGAACAUGGCUGACGCAAUCUACAAGGAGCAGCUAAACACUCGCAUCGUCCUGGUGGCCAUGGAAACCUGGUCUUCUGAAAACAGGGUCUCUGUGGGCGACGACGCCUUGCUCACCCUGCGCGACUUCAUGAAGUACAGGAAGGAGAGCAUCAAGGAACGCUGCGACGCCGUUCACCUCUUCUCUGGGAGGACGUUCAUGAGCAGCCGCAGUGAGGCGGCCUACAUCGGGGGCAUCUGCUCAGUCACUAGGGGUGGAGGCAUCAAUGAGUUUGGCAGUGUGGGCCCUAUGGCCAUCACACUGAGCCAGAGUCUUGGCCAGAACAUUGGCAUGCUGAGAAACAAAGAGCGACUGGCUGCAGGAGACUGCAGGUGUCCAGACCCAUGGCUGGGCUGUAUCAUGGAAGACACAGGUUACUACCUACCCAGGAAGUUCUCUCGCUGCAGUAUAGACGAGUACCUGCGCUUCCUCCAACAGGGAGGAGGCAGCUGUCUCUUCAAUAAGCCCAGCAAGUUGUUAGACCCACCCGAGUGUGGGAAUGGAUAUGUGGAGCUGGGAGAGGAAUGUGACUGCGGAUCACUAGUGGAGUGUGCACGGAGUGGCGCCAACUGCUGUAAGAAGUGCACCCUUACCCACAAUGCCAUGUGCAGCAACGGGCUCUGCUGCAGGGACUGCAAGUACGAGCUGAGAGGGGUGACGUGCCGUGACGCUGUUAAUGACUGUGACAUCCCUGAGAACUGCAUGGGAGACUCCAGCCAGUGUCCUCAUAACGUCCACAAACUGGAUGGCUACAUGUGUGAUGCUGGACAGGGUCGGUGUUAUGGAGGCCGCUGUAAGACCAGAGAUGGCCAGUGCAGGACACUGUGGGGCUACAACUCAGCUGACCGGUUCUGCUAUGAAAAGCUGAACUCCGAGGGCACAGAGAAAGGAAACUGUGGCCCGGACUCCAGUGGUCAGGGAUGGGUGCAGUGCAACAAGCAAGACGUCCUGUGCGGUUUGCUACUGUGCACCAAUCUGACAGAUAGGCCGAGGUUUGGUGAACUGCAGGGGAGACUCACCAGUCUGACCAUCCACCAUCAGAACAGAUACAUGGACUGCAGGGGUGGCCAUGCAGUGCUGGAUGACGGCUUGGAUAUGGGCUACGUGGAGGAUGGGACGCCAUGUGGGCCAAACAUGAUGUGUUUGGAGCGUCGCUGUCUCCCCGUCACCACCUUUAACCUCAGCACCUGCCCGGGAUCCUCGACCUCACGCAUCUGCUCCCACCACGGGACUUGCAGCAACGAGGUGAAGUGUAUCUGUGAUCCAGACUACACUGGGAAGGACUGUAGCGUGUUUGACCCUAUCCCCAUCCCCACCCCGCCAGAGGGCCCAGAGAAACACAGAGAUCCUCGGGUUGAGUCGUAUCUCUUUGCUGUCCUGUCUUCCUUACACUGUGUCCAGUCCAUUCUGAGGAGACAAAACAAAGAUGUCUUGCACUUACAGGCCCUCAGACUUUUCCGGUUUCCUUUUCUGAUUUUAUUAACGUUGUUUCAGUUUGUAUUCUCCUCCUGGAAAGACUAAUUAUUUUUUUAAACUGCGGUAUGGAAGCCCUGAAGACACAUUCCUACCAGAUAUGAAAGGCUGUCCAGGAUUGUCAAGUUCCAGAAGUUAACGACCGGUAUCACCUCCUCUUUUGUGCUCUUUAUUUAUUUAUUUUUCUGCUUCAUUUUUGUCCUUGCAGGACUUACACACACAGCCCUUAACUUAAGUGUGUUUACUCAACUUUUCGGUUUUCUUGUCCCUUCCACUGGUUACAGCUGAUCUUCUGCCAUAUGGACUGUUAUUGUGCUUGUACCCCUUGAAGUGAUUUCAUGGAAGAAGGCCAUGUACUUCUCCUAGUCUGGACUUUUUUGGGAAGCCUUCUGUUUUAAAACAUAUUUAACCUCAUGGAGAACACACACCUCUCAGUGGUGUGACUUAAACUGCAAUAGAAGUGUAUAAAUCAUCAAAUAGUGAAUGUUGACAUUUUAUCUGUCUUGAUGAGGGUUAUUCUUUACAUUUACAUUCCACAGUAAUAGCCAUACUUUCUCCUUACGCUGCCUUUCAUUAUCAAACAGUAAUCCAUACUAAAUCAAUGCUUCUACAUAAUAUGCAUUAAUGUAUGAAUGUAUAGCUCAGGCCUGCAAGGAAGCUAGUUGUGUCUCUGUGUCAAUGACAUCCAAGUACUUUUCUGUACUACACACCAAAUGUUUUCUCCCGCUGUAUGAUAAUGUAAUCCACAUACAACUAAUAAUAUGCAUACAAGUAUGCUGAAUAUGGGUGCUGAUGUACAUAGUGUAUAAUAAGGUUGACUCAUUUAGACAGCAGUGACACACUGCCGCUAUGAAUGGAAGCACAAUUCUGGAGAGAAAAGACUCUACCUGCCUCUCAGCGUAAAACUGCUCAUUUUUGAAGAUUUAAUUAUCUAAAGAGGAUUUUGAUCUUUGCAGUUUAGGGAAGUUUGAGCUCCUCUUGGUGUCUAAAAUUGUUGGAUGCCUGCUCAUUUGGGCUACAAGAGAAAAAUGUGCGAGUGUUGUAUAUUUCGUAUAUGCCUCUGAGCAAGAUUCUCAAGCUGCGGAAUUAUGACACAUUACAGAUUUCCAAACUCUGAUUUAACACAGGAUAUCCUCCAAUGACACACAUGCACAUACAUUAUAAUUUGGCUUAUGUGUGCUCAGUCAAGCUAAGGUAAUAGUAGAAAUGUCAAUCUCAAAUGUGCUUCAUCUCUAAAUGGUGUCGGAUAAUUUAUUUCUGACGGAACAGAUCCAUAUGAUAAGCAAUAAAUGCUGUAUGCACAUUUAAAAAAUGUCAGAAAAAUAUUAUCUUUAGAAUGAAGAGUCGUAUUCUGCAGCUUUCGUGUGCAUCACUCGCUCUGUUUAUCCUCUCUGGACAUCUGAGAGUCUUAAAUCUUAAUGGUUUAGAAGAUGUCCUCUUCAGAUGUCCUUUGGUUGUUAUUAUGUACAGACUGCUUGAGAAGCUUGGUUUCACUAAAUAACAAUAAGGAACUGCACAAUAGCACAGGUGCCGCAAGAGAUGAUCCAAGUUACACUGCCAGUGAACCUGCAGUAGCAUUAAGGGAAUAUGUUGACAUUUUCUCUGUCUCUAAAACAAUAAAAAAAAAAGCUUAAUGAUAUUCCUAAUUGACAAAAAAAAGAUGCUUAAAAAAUGUCAAUGUGCAUCCCUUUUAAUGAUCUUAAUUCCGUAUACACGCUGUAUAAAAUCUAAUGCUCAAGGACCGACUUGGCUGAAAGCUCAGGUCAAACUGUGUUUACCGCCACAUUGCAGUUGGACUUAUCAAAGGAUUUUGGCGCAACAUUGUUUAGUCUCACAGGAA